AUGAAUUCCGACGCACUUAUGGAUGAUUCCAGCGAUGAAGCAGAGCCCAUGUUUAACGACGCAUCGCUUUCCGCCUCCCUCGAUGCUACAAGCAUUGGAGAACUCCAUGAUGCACUCUAUGAUGCUAACGACGAGAUUAUGAAUCCCGCUGGUGUAAACCGGUUCUAUAAGCUGCCUACAGAGAUUAAAUUUAAGAUAAUCGAACUGUGCAUGCCAAACCGCGAUGCUUGGCGCAGCUUUGAAAUUUGUCGAGCUCCCAAAAAUCUCAUAUACCUCAAUGAGAAAGAACGAACACACGAUACACAGAUUUUAUCCGUCUCGAGAGUAUUUCGCGAUAUAUAUUUGAAGCAAUUACCAAUUAUGCUACCAUCUUUCACCAAUAAGCCAAUAUACAUCCACCAAAAUACAACAGUCGUUCUUGACAUGAGCGAGCAGGAGUUCUAUGACCUCACACAAUGCAGCAAGUGGCGGAGUCAGACAUUUCUCAGUCAGAUUCGGCAUCUUGCCAUCCCCUUACUAUUAUUUGGUAACCCUCCAGACUAA